UCGCUAGCUCUUACGUCAUUUCCAUGCGACGUCGGAGCGUGAGCCAUGUGAGAGGCGAUUUCCUUUAAGAAUAGAUAAACAACCGCAGUGGCGAAGGUUUUUAAAUUAAUUUUUUUAAACCUUAAAACUUGCUGUUUUGCCUGUUUUGGUAUUGAGUCGGAGUAGGACGGGUUAAUAUCGGCUCGACGCUUCUUCCGGAUCAUGCCCCACGACCCCGAUCCUCCUCCGGCCAAGAAAUUUAAGCCGGGCUCCCCUUUUUUCCCUACAAACAAAAAGCCUGGAAUGCUGCUGCCAAAGAAGGGAAAUGCGCCCAGUACAAUAGACGUGCAAAGAAAACAGCUUCCUAUUUAUCAGGCCAAAUCUCAGCUCAUCGACCAGCUGAGACAGCUGCACAAUGCUGUGUUAAUCGGAGAGACAGGCUCUGGAAAAACCACACAGAUCCCUCAGUACCUCUAUGAAGCUGGUAUCGGUCGGCAGGGCAUCAUCGCGGUCACUCAGCCUCGACGUGUGGCUGCUAUCUCGCUGGCGGGACGAGUGGCAGAGGAAAAGAGAACUCAACUUGGAAAACUGGUGGGCUACACAGUACGAUUCGAGGACGUGACCUCCCCAGAAACCAAGCUGAAGUUCAUGACUGAUGGCAUGCUGCUCAGAGAGGCGAUCGGAGACCCGCUGCUUUUGCGCUACACGGUUGUGAUCCUGGACGAAGCUCACGAGCGCACCGUUCACACCGACGUCCUCUUUGGAGUGGUCAAGUCCGCCCAGCGCAAACGCAAAGAGCAGAAUAAGAUCCCUCUAAAGGUCAUUGUGAUGUCUGCCACCAUGGAUGUAGACCUGUUCUCUCAGUAUUUUAAUAAGUCUCCUGUGCUGUACUUGGAGGGUCGACAGCACCAGAUUCAGAUCUAUUACACCAAGCAGCCGCAGUCCGAUUACCUACACGCAGCGCUGGUCUCCAUCUUUCAGAUUCACCAGGAAGCUCCUCCAUCCCAUGACAUCUUGGUGUUUAUGACGGGUCAGGAGGAGAUCGAAGCGCUGGCUCGUACGUGUCGGGACAUCGCCAAACACCUGCCUGAAACCUGCGGGCUCAUGAUCGUGAUCCCUCUGUACGCAUCACUUCCUCCUGCCCAGCAGCUCAGGGUCUUUCAGCCUGCACCUAAGGGUUGCAGAAAAGUCAUCCUCUCAACCAACAUCGCCGAGACGUCUAUAACUAUUUCUGGAAUUAAAUACGUCAUUGACACAGGAAUGGUGAAGGCCAAGCGCUAUAACCCAGACAGCGGUCUGGAGGUGUUGGCCGUGCAGCGGGUGUCCAAAGCGCAGGCCUGGCAGCGGGCAGGCAGGGCAGGGAGAGAAGACUCUGGCUCCUGUUACCGCCUCUACACCGAAAACGAGUUCGACAACCUAGCAAACAUGACUGUACCUGAAAUACAACGGUGUAAUCUGGCUGGUGUAAUGCUGCAGCUGCUGGCUUUGGGUGUUCCUGAUGUGCUCAACUUUGACUUCAUGUCCAAGCCGUCACCUGAGUCGAUGCGAAUGGCAGGGGAGCAGCUGGAUCUCCUCGGAGCUGUGGAGAGGAAGGACGAUCGGGUUUUGCUCACUCCUCUGGGCAAAAAGAUGGCAUGCUUUCCCUUGGAACCUCGAUUUGCUAAAACCAUCCUGAUCUCUCCAGACUUCUCCUGUACCGAAGAGGUUCUGACCAUUAUCUCUCUGCUCUCCGUGGACUCUGUGCUCUACAACCCUCCUGCCCGCCGAGACGAGGUGCUUGCCGUACGCAGAAAAUUCAUCUCCAGUGAAGGAGACCACGUGACCUUGCUGAACAUCUACAGGGCCUUCAAGAAAGUCAGUGGAAAUAGGGAGUGGUGUAGGGAGAACUUUGUAAACAGCCGAAACAUGGGUCUGGUUGCUGAAGUCCGAGCCCAGCUGAGAGACAUUUGCAUUAAGCUGGGACUGAAGCUAGAAUCCUCACUGUCUGAACUGGCUAAUGUGCGGCGCUGCCUGGCCCACGGCAUGUUCGCCAACGCCGCUGAGCUACAGCCAGAUGGCACCUAUGUGGCUCUGGACACCCACCAGACCGUUGCUAUCCACCCGUCUUCCGUCCUGUUCCAGGCCAAGCCGGCCUACGUGGUGUUCAAUGAGCUCCUGCAUACAUCACGCUGCUACAUGAGGGACCUGUGUCUGGUGGACGCCGACUGGUUACAGGAAGCAGCGCCGGAGUAUUUUCGGCGUAAACUCCACACGGCAAAGAGCUAGUACACCUCAGGGCUUCUAGUGGUGCUUUAUCAAGUUUAACAGCAAAGUGCAUGAAUGUCCGGACCAUUUUGGAAUGGAUAGCAGUAGUACAUCAAUGUGGCUGGGCUUGAAGAUGUUUCGCCACUCGUCUGAGAGGCUUUGUAUAGUUUUGUUCUGCUGACGUUAUAAGUGAGAACAUUGGACAGGGUCUCACAGGAAUUCUCAACGAUUCCCCUUAAUGAAGCCUCUCAGAGGACUGGCAAAAUGUUUUUAAGAUAUCUGAAGUCCUGAUGCAUUCAACUACAUGUUGACUUUGAUUCCACUCGUAGGCGACUUUGUUUUCUCUUCUGAAGCCCAAACGCUGGAUAAGGCAAUGCCGAAAGUACUCACCUUUUAAAGAGUAUAAACCAUGGACCGUUGAUUGAGUGUUUAGGAAUGACUUUCCUAAACAAAAGUGUCUUGUUCUUCUUUGUACAAAUGACACAAUUUGCACACCCUCCAAUAGCUUUUGAAUAAUUUGCAUACACCAGUGGUUUGAUACUGGAAGCUUUUUUUUCUUUUUCUUUUUUUUUUAACCUGUUUCUACAGCCAGUUUAGUUGGAUGCAUAUUUAGGUGAGCUUACCUUGUUAUGAAUGCUUGCAUGUUUUCCUUUAACUACGCGAGAGCCUUGGCUCAUGACGCACCUCUCGAGUGGCCGUACUGUUUCUGGAACUAGUUUGUUUACCUGUUUUGAACUAGUUUGUUUACCGCCUGAUCUCUAUGAAUACCAAUUGUGUUAAUGAGCAGGGGCCUACGUGGUGACUAGAUGCUUGGCGUGUAACCACGGCCUUAAUUCUACGUCUCAUAUUAUCAACACCCAGUUUCAGGCCAUUUUAAACUUUGUUUUUAUACUGAAUCAAUUAUAUGGGCAUUUAUUAUUAAUGGUAACUGAAACACCAAUGGCUGUUUCUAGCUGAUUAAUGGCGCAAAUGUAAAAUUGAGUAUUUCGAGAUGCAGUUGCUUUGUACACUUUAUAGAAAAUGACCGUGUUAUAUGCAUAUGUUGUUAUUUUGGUUGGAAAGAAAUGACUGAUUGGUGUCUGAGAACGUUACUUAAGCUGUAAAGCCUGUGUUCUACUGGAGGUGAGGCUUCCACACGAUAUCAUUUUGAUUUAUAAGGCAACAAUUCUGUAUGCCAUCAGAUUUGCUACAAGUCAAUUUAAUAUCCUCAGAUCAAUAUGUGACCAGCUUUGUUCAGGAUCUGGGGUAAGGAUGCUGUCAAUUCGUGAAUGACGAGGACAUCCUUUUAAAAGGAGGAUCCUUUUAAAAGUACAACAGUUAUGGGCAAAUUACCUUGCUAGCCCAUAAAUUAUCUAUAGUUAUUUAAAAAUGUGUAUAUAUAUAUAUAUUUUUUUUUUGUACACCGUUUUGUGCUUUUUCGAUAAUAAUCGAUUAAAAUAGACAAUCGAUUUAUGAUUGUUGCAUAGAUUUACUUCAAUUGUUGCCUUUGAAAUCAAUGAAUUGAUCCAGAUCAGUUCUACUAUCAGACACGAAGCGAUUUGGAUGAAAUUGGUGGAAGCUGUUUUAGAACUAGAAAUCCAAAGAAUUAUAACCUCCAUUUUCAGAAAGCCAGACCACUGAAACCUUUCUAAACAUAGAAACAACACCACUGAUAGACAGGUAAGACCACGUCCUUUCCUCAGCCCAUUUUCCCCCAAGAGCAUCUCAAUAUUACGGUCAUCUGAUCUGGUAGAGAUGUAGAGUGUUCAAUGUGAUGCUCGCUCUACCAUUUAACCAUGUUCUUUGCGAAACUCAGCUGUGAUUAUUUGGAUGUUGGUUGCCCAUUGUUUAAAAGUCCUGUGAAGCCACAGGAUUUUUUUGGUUUUUGUUUAAGUGGAUAUUUUAUUGGUGCUGUUGGCUUUACUAUGUCGAUAGUCUGUAUGCGGUACAUAAGACUGAUUCUCAGUAUCAUGCUUCCUAAGCUAUGCAUGGCAUUCUAUAACAUUUUGUAUAUCGUUUAAGUCCACACACUUGUUCUAAUACUGACAAGAUUGACACCUACUACAUACAGUAACAAGUACUUCUCGAUUGAUAUGCUAUGCAUGAUGAAUGAUUAACACAGAAUAAGGCCACUCAGGUUUCUCUGGAAUGCUGAAUAUACCUCAAAUAUAUAUUUAGGUUAGUCAUAAGAACGUUUUAAAAAAAGGUUUUGUUUAUUGUAUAGAGCAUGGACCUUCAUCCAAACUAUGACUUGACACUUCCACAUCCCAAAUGUGCUUGAGGUUCAUUUUUUAAUUAUUAUUUAAUUUUACUCACUCUGAAGGCAAUUUCAAAAUUAUACGGUGAGUUCUUGUGCCUUUAAGGUUGUUCGAAAUUAACUUCCAAAUAAAUGACAUGUUGAGGCAAAACUA